AUUCGCUAGGCUUUGGUGGGCCAUACGCGAUCGCGCGCGUUUCAAAAAACCUACUCCUCGCGCGGGAAAAUUAAGUUUUAUGAGGGAGAACGACGUUUUUUUUCGGUGGGAAAAUUAAUAUUUUUUUACGAUCUGAAUAUUGUAAUAAUUCGAGAGAAAGAUGGAAAAUUUCUAAGAUAAUUUCGCGGUUUUUUUGAAUAAUAUGCUUUUAUGAUUAUCCUCGAACCUUGAACGUUCAAUAAUGUUGAACAGUUUGGUUUGCAGCAAAGAUUUUGAUUUUGUUCUGUCACAAGUCUAACACCCAAAUGAAUUUUUAAUUCAUGAUUUUGAUGAUUUCGCAAAGUUUUCGUGAGGAAUUGUAAAAAAAUCUUCAAAUGUUUCUAGUCAGCGAGUUGAGGGCAAUCGAUCAGUUUCUCAGUGAAUUUAUGUUGAAAGGAAGAAACUUAGAACGAGAAUUACCCCGGAGUGAGUUUCGAUUGCUUGUUCUGUGAAAUGAACCCCCAGUUGGAAGUUUAGUAAUUUGAGAAAAGUGGUAGUGAAACUAGUGAAUGUAGUGGGCUUAGUUGAAAUAUGUUCAUUUCGAUCACGGAGAAUAGCGAUUCAGUGUACAUCGGACCAAGGAGGAAGAAAGAUUCGAUGCUGUUUGUAACAGUCGAGCAUUAAUAGCGUUGGAUUCUCGGAGAUACGAGUAGAACAGAACCUUGUAUAAGUUCGAUUACAUCUUUAGGUCUUAAGUUUUAAAAAUUGGAUUACAAGAAAUGCCCACCACCAAGAUGACGACUCGGUGGAAACAGAAAGCGCCAAUCAUCUGCCUCGUGGUUAUUGUUCUAGUUUUGGGCCUUAUUGUUUUUGCCUUAAGUAGCAUAAUUUUGGCAACGAGUAGUCCAAGUCAUAGUUUAGAAAUAAGCGAAGAACGUGCUUCCCAGAAAAAUAACUUAGGAGGGUUCGUAAGCCCUGACAGCCUGACACCGAGUCAAAUGGAAUAUCCAAACAAUGAUAUAAACAACAAUUCCAUUGAGGAAGAGUAUCUUCGAGAGGAAUAUAUCAGGCCGAAAAAGUUCCAUAACUUAUCGUUACAUACAAUCGAUUUAUUGUAUGAAUCGAAGAAGAAUGACUCGGUAUCAGUCAAUUAUCCUCAAAUCCAACAAAUCACCGGGAAUUUCCGAAAUCGAUCGAGUCGUAUUUGGGAUCCUCAUCCUGAGUAUAUGAUCGAAGCAUUUGGAAAGCGAAUGCACCUAAUCUUGUAUCAAGAUGCUGCAUUUACCCCCAACCAGCUCCAGGUCACACAUGUAUGGUGGAAUCGUACAGAGAAACAUGAAGAUGAUCAUCGUGAUCAUGUCCAGUUGCAUGGAUGCUACUAUAAAGGUCAGGUGAUUGGUGAUGAUAAGUCUGCUGUCUCGGUGUCCUUGUGUAAUGGAAUGAGUGGCCACAUACGGACGACAGAUGGAUCAUUUUUCAUUGAACCCGUUGAGAAUUACACCAACGAAGAUUCAGAUAUCUUGCACAAGAUCCGACGGGAGCCAAAAAAGAGUAAGGUUGCUGGCACCGCAGAUGGUGUUAAUAAUAAACUAUCUGGAAGUGGUUGCCCAAUUGAGGAGCAUAUGAAAGAAACAGGUACAAGUACGGAAAGUACGGAUAACAAUGAAAUCGAUGGCGGUAUGGACAUUUCCACGGAUGAAAGAUACCAUGACCAUCAUACGCGUCGAAAGAGAGAUAUCUAUAACGAGCACCCGUUCACGUUGGAGGUACUGAUUGCCGUCGAUCGGAAAAUGCAAGAAUUCCAUGGGAAAGAAAUCAAAUCGUAUAUUUUAACAUUAAUGCAAAUUGUUUCGAAUAUUUAUUCGGACGCAAGUAUUGGAAAUUCAAUAAACGUAGCUGUUAUUAACAUAAUGUUGCUUAAGGACGACCUCAGUAUUCAAUAUAUUGACAAAGGUGUUUAUGCUGCCCAUUUAUUAAAACGUUUCUGCUCAUUCAUGCAGCGACGACCUGAACAUUACGACACUGCAAUUUUACUAACUAGAGAACAAAUCUGCCGAAAUACAACCGAAACAAAAUGUGAUACUUUAGGCUUGGCUGAAUUGGGAACAAUGUGCAAACGACAUUCCUGUUCGAUUGUACAAGACAAUGGAUUACCAGCCGCCUUUACAAUAGCCCACGAACUUGGACACAUAUUGAACAUGCCACACGAUGACGACUCGAAAUGUGACAAUUUUCGAAAGAAAGGCAAGCGAAUGCUGAACAUAAUGUCCAGUACUAUGGGCGAUGAUAUACAUCCUUGGUCAUGGUCAGAUUGCUCAAGACAUUAUGUCACCGAAUUUUUAGAAAAAGAUGAAAUCGAUUGUAUGAAAGAUACACCACAACAUCCUAUAAAAAGUCGAAAUAAGAAGCUGCCCGGUGAGAUGUAUACAUUAAAUGAACAAUGCGAAUUGAUACACGGGAGUGGUUCACAGUAUUGUGAGCUUUAUCUAGCGAAUGAGAUUUUCUUUCAGAAAGAGUGCGGACGCCUUUGGUGUUUUGAAAAAGAUAGUCAAAAUAACUGCCGAUCCAGUAAUUUACCAUGGGCCGAUGGUACACCUUGUGAUGGUGACAGACGUUGGUGCCAGAAAGGAGUUUGUGUAGACAAAUCUGCGAAUAUUAGUAAAAUAAACGGAGGAUGGGGAAAAUGGAGUCCAUUCAGUCAAUGUAGCCGAACAUGUGGAGGUGGUAUACAGGAAUCACAACGUGAAUGUAAUAAUCCUGUUCCGGCAAAUGGUGGAAAAUAUUGUGUUGGAAUACGUAGAAGAUAUCAAUCAUGUAAUGUGCAAGAUUGUUCAAUUGACGAACCUGAUUUCAGGGAGCAACAGUGCUCUGAAUUAAAUGGAAACAAUUUUGGUAUACGUGGAAUAGAUAGGAAUGUGAAAUGGGUGCCUAAAUAUGGAAUUUCACCAAGGGAUGAGUGUAAGCUGUUUUGCCGAGUUGAGAAGUCAUCAAACUAUUUUCAGUUAGCUGAUAAGGUUCGUGAUGGAACCACUUGUACCUUCGAUAGCUUUAAUAAAUGUGUCAAUGGAAUUUGUCGGCCCGCAGGAUGUGAUAAUGAAUUGAAUUCAACAACACAACUUGACAGGUGUGGUGUAUGCCAAGGAAAUAACGAUACAUGUAACGAGGUAACAGGAAACAUUUACAGAUCGCAUAUUGAAUCGGGAAGCGAUACCACAAAGAAACCAUUCCAUUUUAAUAUACUCACAAUUCCAAAAGGAUCAGCUAACAUUGACAUUCGACAAGUUGGCGCACCACUUUCAAAUUAUAUAGUAUUACUGGAUGAUCAAGGAGAGUAUCUUCUAAACGGCCAUAAUGUCAUAAAUACCUACAAAAAAACCUUCCCGUACGCCGGAGUGACCUUUGAAUACAGUGGCGCCAACAGCACUGUCGAACGUGUUAAUACAACUUAUUCGAGAAUACUCAAAAAGGAUCUUAAAGUCGAACUACUGUCACUGCCACCAGAGCAAGACAAUGGUGAUGAAAUUCUUCUGACGUACACUUACACAACGCCAAUAGUGAAUGCGGAGAGACACCACCAUGCAAGGCAUCAUCAUGACAUUUACUAUCCAAAGCCAGAAGUCUAUCAGUGGAAGUUACCCGAAUGGGGUCCUUGCAGUGCACUUUGUCAGGGAAGCAAGCAUAGGACACCGGUUUGCGUUAAAGUUGAUGCAUCGCAGCAAGUGUCAUCAAGUUACUGUGAAUCAAGUAAAAAGCCAGUUGGAGCCUUGGAUAUGGCGUGCAAUGAGGAUUGUGAACUCAUACGAAAUAUCACAAGCGUCUCGAAAUGUUCAGCAUCUUGCGGUAUGACCGGAAUGCGAAGUAUCAAAUAUAACUGCAUAAAAAGAUAUAUCACCAAUAAUACAUCAAUCAUGGUGGAUAUUUCAUAUUGUCACGAAUCAAUAUCACGUUCUGAUUAUGAAGAAUGUACAGGAUCCUGUGCAAUAUGGAGCUUUACGGAAUGGUCCCAGUGUACUCAAACCUGCGGAACGGGUCAACAAACUCGCUCAUUAAUUUGUCUAUCACAUCCCAAUGGCAUCGAAGUAGAUAAAUCAGAAUGCUCACAUCUGCGUGAACCAAACGAUCACAAAAUUCAACCAUGUAAUCGAGAACCGUGUCCAUCUUGGGCAUAUGGAGAACAAACACCGUGCUCAGUCACGUGUGGAAUUGGCCAACGCACAACUGCUAUUUUUUGUAUGCAAAAUAAUCAAAUUGUAGAUAAGCAUAUGUGUGCUGGUUAUCCAAUGCUUAAACCACUCAAAACAAAUUGUACCAUGCCACCAUGCCAAGAGCAGAGUUUCACACACCGAGUUAGAGGCCACAAGGAAAGACGGUAUCACUACACGGAUGUGAUGAAUUCUCCGGGCUACACACCAAUGGGAGGAGGCCACUCUUGGCGAACGGGUGAAUGGAGUGGGUGCAACGACAAGUGUGUGAAAACCCGAUCGGUAUACUGCCAUGAUAACAAUCCAUAUAAUUGUCGACCGGAUCUGAGACCAAAAGAUACUGAAAAAUGCUGUUUUUUUAAAUACUUUCCGAGCUGGUCUCCCUGUUCAGUUGCAUGCGGCAAUGGGAUCAGGACGCGUCAGUUUCAUUGUCACCGAGUCUACAAAUCGCAGAGACCUGAUCGUACCCUAAAUCGUGAAAAGGUUGAUGACUCCUACUGUCGCGAGCAAGGUAUACGCAAAAAGGUACCUAAACGGCCGCAGAAAACCUGCAAGAAGACAUGCAAAUGGGAACCUGGCAAAUGGAACCCGUGUCCGAAUAAGUGCAGCGGCGAAUUUACAACGCGAACAGUUCAGUGUAAGACGGCGAAAGGUCGAACCAUAUCAAACGAAUACUGUGAUAUCAAUAAUAAGCCAGCCGAUCGGCAAAGAUGUCCGUGUCGGAAAGAAACUAAUUGUAGCUGCCUAGGAUGGAAACGAAUCACAAUCCCUUGCACAAGCGAAUCCCGAUCCUGUCGUCGCGGUUGGGAGACAAAACGAGAAAAAUGCAAACCUCCAGUAGAGUGUCCACUUUCCUGUAAACAUGUGAAGAGAUAUCAAAACGCCCACAAAGAUGGCGACUAUAUCAUGUUCAUCAAUCGAAAACCUGUGCACAUCUACUGUCACAAUAUGAAUACGUCUAGUCCUGAAGAAUAUUUAACUUUGCGCGAGCAAGAUCAGGAGAACUUCUCCCUGUACUACAAUAAACGAACGAUCGAUCUAUCAAAAUGUCCCACCAAUUCUCGGGAUAAUGAAUUUGUUGAUGAAACUAUCAGGCAUGGGCGAACGCAAUUUGAAAAAAUUAAAAUUAAUAUUCAUUCAUUAGAAGUGGAUACGGAAAAUUAUAGAUUUGCCAGAACCCAUGGCAAUCCACAGCCUUUUGGCUCAGCGGGUGAUUGCUAUAAUACGAAUGGUCAAUGUCCGCAAGGAUACUUUUCGAUUAAUUUGAAAAAUACUGGAUUCAGGAUACGACCGACAACGAAAUGGGAUACAUCUGGAGAUCAUAGCAGAGUUAUGUUUGCUGAAGAGCUCCAUUUUCCAUACACAUCAGUAUCUGCUCAUUGUGGUGGCUAUUGUGGUACUUGUUCUGUCUCGAAAAAAACAGGUCUAUUUUUGGAAACAAUGUAAAAAUACAAUAGUAACAACAAUAGAAUAAAACCAAAAUAACUAUAAAUUGCAUAUUUAUUUUGCAAUAAAAUAAGAAUUUGUUUUUAAGAUUUAAGAAUAUUGUACUUUCAACUUGUCUCUCUCUAUCUUUGAGAAAGAUCGUGAAACGAAUUUGAAACUAAUUUAAAGCAACAGAGAAUGGAAGUAGAAAAAUAGGGAAGUGCAUUAAAUUUGAGUGUCCUGGGAAAUUUUUUUGUAGAUGAAAUAUUAAGAUAAAACCUCCAAAUGUGGUUUAUACAAUCAUGAAAUUUACAAUUUCUAAAAAAGCAUCCUAAAUAUUCUCAAACAAGGUCGAAGCUGACAUUUUGGGGGAAAUAUUCAGAAUCGAUGGCGCAACAGUUUGAAACUUGUUGGAGCACUUCGUUCAAGACCGUAACGGUACAUUAGGAGACAAUGUGGUCAGCAUUGCGUCCAUCCGUGUUUAUUACCUCAGGUACUCAUUCAAAGCGGAGUCGAUACGUAUCUGUCAUAAUACAAAUCCCUCUGCCACCCUGUCCCCUCCUCAACCCUCUCUCUCAGCAGCCUAGUGCGUAAUCACUAAGCCAUCCGGGCACCUUGACAAUUUCAGAUGAUUGAGGAAUAUCUCAGCUGACAGUCACUUGUUUAGUUGAAUUUCGACACAAAAUAUUGAAUAACAAAGUCUGUACCGUAGGCUAAAGGAAUGUGAUCCAGCUUAAGCGACACAGACUAUGAACGGUGCAGAAUCGUUCGGGUGGACGGGGCUGAAAUUUUUGGUAGGUGGUAUGGAGUUCAGUAACUUCAAAUUAGAAAACUCUUCUAAGAUGUGGAAUUUGCAACACUAAGGAUUAUCCAAAAGCAAAUCCUGUUGAUCUGGGUUAUUGUUGAAAAUAUCGAAGGAAGUCAAAGAAGUUCAGUGAAAUAUAUUAUAAUUUGAGUUCUCACCAAAAAUCAGUCACUGUUGCUGUGACAUUUGACAGUCAACUACUAAUCUUCAUUGGUUUCUAUCUGAACUUCACCACCAUUAAACCAUUCCAUUCGAACAAACAAUUCAAAUUUAAUGCACUUCCACUAAUAGUAAAGAGUUAAAUAAAAUGAAAAACAAAAACUAACUAAAAAGAUAUUUGUAAGAAACAUUUAGUCUUUAGUUUUUAGUUGAAUCAAUAAUAAAUUGAUAUAAAAUUGAAACUAUUUCAAGGGCUGCUCAUGUUAAGUUAUGAUAACUUUGAAAUUGCCAUAUUUUUUUCGAAAAAAUAAAAACCGAACAGUCAAAUCAAUCGCCAUUCGUAAUAACCACCGAUAUUGAUAAUUUCAAUAAUUUUAAGAUUAUUUUACAUGAAUUUAUAACAGUUGAACGAAUUUAUUACAUUUUUUGUGUAGAUAAUAAGGAAAUUUUCAAUGCAAUUUUGAUGAAAGUGGAGGAAAUAUAAACAAUAAAAUACGUAAUCGAUCCAUUGUUGAAUGAUCAUUUUACUUCGAAAUAUCUUUUUAUGAAUAAGAUUUUCUAGAAAAAAAUUUCGACAAAACAAAACGACCCAAAUUAUUCUACAAAUUUGUACAUCGAAUCAAAAACUAGCGAGUAAAAAACUUUUUGAACGAAAUUCUUUACCAAUCGAACCACUAAAUACUUAAAAUUCAAAGAUUAUCUAGCUUAUAAUCUUCGGCUGAGUCCUUUGCCGCUGUUUUCCGACAAAUUGGGUGAUAAGGACAAAAUUGGUUUCAAUAUACAUAUUUCGUGCCAAACAUUUAAUUAUAAAAUUUCUUUAAUUCCUUAAUGCAUCUUGCUUUUAGCAUUAAUAAAUAUAAAUUUAAUCAAUUAAUUAAAUAAUAAAUAUAGGAAAAAUGGGGCAAACAAUAGGAGAAUGACGAGAAUUAGAUAUUUUUGGAAAGUUGAAAAAAUUACACAUCAAAAUUUUCGUCUUCUAAAUUAUUAUUUUUGCAUAAAUUUUCGACAAUUUUAUUAAUUUUAAUUUUAUUUAAUUUUAUAAUUUAAUCGAAGAAUUAACUUUAUUUUUGAGUUUAUUAUUUUUUCUAUUCGGUUUUCGAUUCGUAGUAUUAAUAAAAUUUAGUACAAAUCACGUUAUAUAAUAAUAAUUAUUGGUGGCCCAACAAUCCAAAUGUCUAGAUCUAGACCUUAAAGCGUAUUAAGGCAGCUUAUUUAAAAACCGUAACAGUACACUAGGACGCAAUGGGGUCAGUAUGGUUCAAGAUUAUUAUCCUGAUUUGAUUCAGGUACUCAUUCACAGCUGAAUUAACUAGUAUUCGGCAUCCAGUCCCAAUACAAAAUCCGCUGCCACCAGUGAGAUUUAAACCGCAGCUUUACAUUCCGCUAGCUUAGUGCUCUAACCACUAAGCCAUCCGGACAAAUAUCUCAUUCAAAAUUCAUUCCCCGUACAGAUUUUCAAAGAAAAUUCUCUAAUUUUGACAGAAAAAUAUUUAAAAAAAAUAUUUCGAAGUUUCAACAACCACUCAUUUGACUGGAAAAUAUAUUUCCUCAAAAUAUCACAAUUGAUUUUUGGAUAUCCAACUAUUAUCCAAUCAGUUUAAAAACCAUGAGCAGCCCUAACAACAUAAAUGAUCAAUAAACAUUAAAAUUAUAAGAAUUAUUAAAUUUUUCAAAACAAUUUGAGAAAUAUAGAUGAAAAAGUCGAAUACCAUAUAUGAAUUUAGUAACGAAAAAUUGCACCUUAAUUAUUACGAUUUUCAUUUGCCAAAUUGAAAAGUAUUAAAACUACAUCAGAUUGAAUGGAAGCACCUUCCAAUUCACCAACUAAUAUUACGUAAAUUUAGAGAAAAAAAUGAAGUUUGUUUAAACAAAGCCUACUAAAUCCGACACACUGC